GCCGAUUUAAUUUUUGUCUUUAGGUGAUUUUCGUGGGUGUAGUCUAUAUUUACAGUUUUCAUGCAUAAAUACAGCACAAGAUUGAAAUAAAAUUUACAUAUAUAUUUUAAAACAAUGUAACCAUCUAUUUGCGGAAAUAAUUAGCUAAAUUAAAGAUAAUCUUAGAAUGCAUGAUCAGAGCAAAUUAUUUUAUUGGUUUCAGACCUCAGACAAAUCAGUUGUCCGAUCCGCCGCCACAAAUAUUGGACCGAUAUUAAAAUGUCUUAGCAAUUAAUGACAUGUCACUGCCAAGUAUACAAAACUCCAAGGUAGUAAAAACGACAAAAACUUUUCAUUGAAAUCUUAAUAUUAUUGCAACAUCACUUAAUUAGUUUUGUUUCGAUGAAUCGUUAUUUGAUUUUAGUGUAUGCGUAACUUGUACGACCAAACGAUUAUUACUCACAAUUAUAAGCACUGAAUUAUUUCAUAUAUGCGUUUAUUUGUUCAUAUUCACGUUUAUAAAUUAAUGUAUUGUAAAGUUGUAAUAUCACAAUACUAGUAGAAUUUGUGUUACUUUUAGACGAAUACAUCUAAUCAUAUUCAUUCCGGUUUGAAUUCGGAGUUCACUAAGUCAAAGUCUAGGACGGAGUUUGCGAAGGAUCAAAAUCAGUUAACUUGUAAACGCUCCUUAUUAUGUCGGCCAAGAAAAGUGUUACCCGGUAAAAAGUUAUCAAGACAAGCCCCACCUCUUUAUCCAAGAAAAAUAUUCAGAAUCAAGGGGCCUAAGGGCCACCAAAAUUUAAAUGGAGAGAUGGAUGUGGUCAAUAAAAGUAAUGAAAUUUAUAGUAAAGCUAAAAACGAACUAUUAGAAGACGAUAACUUGAAGAAUGUAUUUCAGGGCUUGACCCCAGAUAAAAAUAACUAUUCAUUUAAGUCUGAUGAUCAUAACACAAAUAAAAAUGAAGAUAAUAAUGAAGGCAGAAAUGAGAAAUAUGCGGAGGAGGAAUCAGGCUCUUAUUCAACAGAUGAAGAGCUCGAGAACACAAACAUAAAAGGCUCAAGAAAAAAUGAGUUAGAGGUUAGUUUGCCAAUAUUAUGAUACAUUGUUGACGGCUAGUGAAUAUAGGAUUUCUGUUUUUUGAAGCAAGAAGGGGUAUAUUUAAUUAUUAUUGUAGCUUGCUAUAUGUUUAUAGUGAGAAGAGCUGAGGGGGAUUCUCCCAACUACGGCUCAGAGUAUUAGUAGAUUCACUGGAGAUCAGUGAUUUGUCGUCUAACAUAGUAACCAUUUAAACUGAUGAAUGUCUAUCUAGGCGUUAGUGACAUCUUACUGACCAUGCUCUAAUAAUUACCUAAUAAAGUAUUAUAUUAAAAAGUUGUUAAUUCUGAGACCAGUUAAAUACAUCACGAAUAAAAAUACGUUGCUGAUAAUCGUUGAAAAGUGGUCCUAAGUUACUUUGUAUUUGGCAUUUAACAUGACAUUUGAUGUAAGUAUGAUCUUGAACGACCGUUUGAUAGCCAAUCCUAUUAUUCAAUCUGUAACGAGUUUAAGUGAGACUUUAUUUUGAACAACUUCACUUGGUUUUCAAAGUGAGAGAUGUAGUCUGGGGAAUGUCUGUAGUUUGGUUAGAUGUCACUCUUUAGGGUUAACAGCCUGCCAAGAGGGAAUUUGUCGUCCUGCUAGACGUUGUUGGUAAAUAUAUAAGUAAUUUUAACACUGAUUACUGAAAUUGCCUAAAAAUGUUUUAUAGUUUCAAAUAUUUGGCUGUAAAACAAAAGUGUUUUAGCUACAAGACCAUCUCAAGUUGCCAUCUAACUGAGCAAAUUAAUUGGCGUAUCCAACAUUUGUUUUGGUCCCUAAGAGAAUGUUGCAACAAAAAUUAAAGUAGUCGUAAUAUCUGAGUCUUGGACACUUGUAAGGAGCUCCAGUAAAGCAGUGGCAAAGGCCGACUGAUUUCUGGUGAAAACGGACAGCCAGAGGUUUUACAAAAGGAGUAUUUAACAUUUACAGAACUCAAAGUAUACGAUGUCAGGGUUUGUAUUUUUAAACUUUCUUCCUUAACAUGUAGAUUUUAGCUUAAAACAGACUUUGAACACUUUUAUGUAAUUAGAUAGGUUCAUGUUCUGGUCAAUGAAUCCACAAAAUACUCAAGAAAAUUAGAAAAUUAUGAACUACCGAACAUACGGAAAACCAUUGUUCGUCUUCAAGAGAAGGAGAUUUUACAAAGAACACAAGCAAUAGAAGCAGAAUUUUAUGAACGUUUGAUUAAACUUAGGAAAGAAAAUGAAACUGAAGUAGCAAAAAUUAUGAAUCGUAAAAAUGCUGAAUUAAUUGCUGUACAACAAGCUGCUGAUUUGAAACAUCGUGAACUUCGUCAAGCAAUAGAUAAACUAGAAAAUCAAUUAUCCGAUACAGUCAACAACGCUGAUCAAAUUAAACGUAGCUCUGAGGAGAAAAUGAAUCAAUUACAGUCAAUGAUGAAUAAACAAUUUGAAAAUCUAUUGAAACAAUCUAAUGAACAACGUGAAUUUCUUAUACAAGAACAUGAAAAAACAUUGAAAGAAUUACAAAGUAAAACUGAAUCUACUUUUAAAGAACUGGAAAUAAAUAAAUCCCUUGUUGUAGAACUAGAAUCAAAAAUGGAAUUACAGUAUAAUCAAAUUAAAAAUUUAAAAGAACAAUUAACAAAUAUUAUCACAGAAAGAAAUGAAAUAGAAGAAUCGUUAAAAGUUAAAACAGAAAAAGAGAAAGAAACAUUAAAAAAAUUGAAACAAGUUCAAUAUGAUUUAAAUGAACUAACAGAUAGAUAUAAAACAUUAGAAUCAAAGUAUAAUGUGUGUCUUGAAGAUCAUAACCAAGAAUUAAAACAAAUUCGUUCAGAUCACGCUAAGCGUAUAUGCGCAAUGGAAUUAGAACGAACAAAUAAUGAAAAACAGUAUGAAACUAACCUUGAAAAAAUUAAAGAUGAGUUUAAUACAAAACUGGAAGAGAGUCGUCUGUCGUAUGAACGUCAGCUAGUUUCAGAAGUUAAAGAAGCUGAAACACUUGGUUAUGAAAAAUGUUUAUUAAUUAAAAGUGAUGAGAUUACAGUUUUGCAAAAAUCUAUUAAAGAAACCAAGGAAUCAAAGUCAUAUGAUGAAAUUAAAUAUCAACAAAUUAUAAGUCAAUUAAAAAUGGAAAUAACUAAAUUAAAUAAAAAUAUUGAAAAUAUUAAAAAUAAAUAUGAAUUAAAAGAAAAUUAUCUAUUUACUAAAAUAACAAAUUUACAAGAAGAACAAUAUAAUAAAUUUAAUCAAAUUCAUAAAUAUUAUACAAAUGAAUUAAAUCCAUUUAUAAAUAUAAUAAAUGAAAAUUUAUUAAAACAAAUAAAACAAUGGAAAUAUAAACAAAAACAAAUACAAAAUGAAAUUUUAUUAAUAAAACAAAAUGAAUUAAAUAAUUUAAAAAAUUUAUUUAAAGAAAAAGAAAAUAUAAUACGUAAUGAAUUAUUAUUAAAAAUUGAAAAUAUUCAAAAUGAGAAAAAUCAAAUUAUUGAAACAUUAACUAAUGAAUUAAAUUUAUCUAAGUUAGAUGUUGUAAAACUUGAAGCUGAACUUAAAGAAGCUAGAUGUAUAGCAUUGAAAGAAGUAGAAUUAAGACGUGAACAAUUAUCAGAAAUUAGUUUAGCACGUGAAUUAGAACGUAAAGAAUUAAUUAGUAAACAUGAAAGUAAUUUAAAUGAAGAACAAUGUAAAAAUCAAGAAACUAUUCUAAGAUUGCAAAAAGAACAUAAUGAAGAAUUGAAAACAAUAUCUUCUCAGGCUAAUGAAAAAUUGAUAGAAAUAGAAAAAGAAUAUAAAACUCGCUUAAAAGAAGCAAAUAAACGACUGAAUGAAAGUCAAGAGAAAAUAAUUAAUUUAGACAUGAUAUUACAGAAAGCUGUACAAGAGAAAAGAAAUACACAAGAAACAUUAUCCGAAUCAUUUCAAAAUGAAAUUGAACAAAUGAAGAAUAAACAAAAGGAAGAAGUAUUGAUCUUGAAGGAGGCUAUAUCAAAAGAGCGUAAUAGGGCACGUUUAGCAGAGAUUUCUCUUCGUCAACAGGAAAAGGCGUGGAACGAUAUGAAAACUCGCUGGCAUGAAGAACGUAUGGCACAAUUAGGAAAUUCAUUACCGAUUGAAGCACGUACUCAUAUGGAGGCAACUAUUGAGGCAUUACGUCUUCAGGUUAAUCUACUGAAAAAGCGAAUAACAGUAAUGGAAGAAGAUCGGGAGACAAGCAUUAUUUAUCCACAAAAGUUACAAUUCAGUGACCAAGAUGUAUCAUUACUCAGAGAAAACUCAGUACGAAAUGAAUCCCCAGUAAAAGAUCAACCUGAAGUAAACCAAGACAACUCAGAAGAAUGUAAAAUAAACGACAAUUCAGUCGCUUUAGGAGAUAACACACGACGGAGAAUUGCGACUGAGUGUACAAAUUCACAGACUAAUCUAAAUACAUAUCCUUACAAAGCUAUUUGUUCAGAAGAUUGGUUAUAA